AUGGAGAUAGUUCUGGUUGCGGGUGGUAAAGGUGGAGUCGGUAAAUCUACGGUUGCUUACAUGUUUGCCCAAUCACUAUCUCGAAACCAAAAAGUUCUUUUGUUAGAUUUUGAUAUUUGUGGACCGAGUGUUGGUGUUUUGACUGGUAUUCAAACGGAAAGAGUCUUUCCCGGAGUGCAAGGACUGACUCCCCUGCAUAAGAGUGACAAUCUACACUUUCUCAGCAUAUCAGCAAUGAUUUCUGAAUCGGCCGCCGUGAUUUGGCGUGCGCCGAAAAAAGCAGCCUUAUUAAAGCUAUUCCUAGCUAGUAUUGACCCACAGAUUUAUCAGUAUGUGGUUAUAGAUAUGCCGCCUGGAAUUACAGAUGAACAUUUAUUUGCAGUCACUAAUCUUCCUACAGCUCGAGCUCUGAUUGUAACGACUUCGCAAAAUCUAGCUCUAGAAGAAGCCUUAUCAACCAUCACCUUUUUUCAAAGCCAUCAAAUUGCGAUCUUAGGAGUUAUUGAAAAUAUGCGAACUAUCUGCUGUACUAAUUGCGGGACUCGCAAUGCGAUCUUUUCUACUGAAGGCGGCCAACUCUUAGCUGAAGAAGCCGGUGUGCCCUACCUCGGUCAUAUUGAGUUCUUGCCAGCCCAUCCAGAACAAACUAUUCCAACUGUCAUUGCUCAACUAACCGACCAAAUAGAACACAACCCAACCACAGCCCAAGAUAUAUCUUAA